AUGGUCAUGGAUUCAGAAAUCAGUUUUCCAGCUAGACAGUUAUUCACAUGUUCCAGCAAUUGUACGAUGGAUAAAACACUUUUUACCAAAAGAAGGCAACAGGAAGCUGAUAACGCUAUGAAGUCAUCGACUGAGCGAUUUCAAAGGAUGUAUGACAUUAAUAUUAACUGUUUCACACCAAAUUAUGCGUCGAAAACGCCAUCACCCAUAUCUGAUUAUACACACUUCAACGGGACAAUGAAAAAUUUACCUAAAUGUUUAUCAACUCCGGCAGUUAUCGCUGAAAACAAUGAUACUAAGAGCAGUAAUUCAUGUGAUCGCUGGCAAUGGGAGCUGAUAAGUACAAAAAAUCAAUACAUACCAUCGUUUUAUUUGGGCAAACAAUAUCAUUCAGAUACUUGUGUCUCAAUAGAUCAGCAUGACAGUACCCAAGUGCUCCAAACACCAAUAAAACAAAUACGUUAUGCCAAAGCAAGUAAAGUGAAGAAGGGAACAAAUGAACUUUUGGCCUCACAACAUAGCAAUUUAUUGAAAAGUAAUGUAGAGAAUUCAAAGAAAAAUAAACUUAUAUCGACCAAAAUUAACUCAUGGAAUUUACCUGUGAGAAAAUGGCCUCAAAAUCUUGCUCACACUGUAAAACAUACACCUUUAAAUCAUGUUUUGGAACGAUCAUAUUCACUUACGACGUUAAAUACUUCUGCAUUAAACAAAUUAAAUGUAUCAAAUUCGAUUAUUUCAUAUAGAACUGUGAAUUCACUUCAGGAACUACUAGUUAAUGAAUCAGUACCCUUUAAUUCAUACACAAAAUAUGGAAUUCGUGAACAUGUAACACCAGAAAGUGGGAAAAUCGCCUAUCCUAUUACGAAAUAUAGACAAACAACGUUACUAGAAAUCCUUCCUAAAUGGCGUGAGCAGGCAGAGAAACUACAUUUAUCAAAACAAACAAUAUUGUAA